GCUUUAUAGAAAACAAGAAAGUUUUUUUACAGUAAGCAAGCAUGAGCUGUACUUUGAAGAUAGAGCCCCACAUUCGCGGCCAUAUAGCCGGGUGCAAUGGUAGAGUGGACAGAGUCGGUGCUAAGGCAGAGCAGUGCAGAGACAACCCUCAAAAUUCCACUCAUAUGGCUGCUCUGAUGGAGACACAGGCCAGAGAGAACAGAGAGAGAAAGAGACAAGAACUGGAACUAUUCAAGAGACGCGUCAGACAACGGUCCACUGAAUGGGAGAGAACUAAACAGCGACAGAUUGCUAUCAGCAAUACAGAAACAAUCGCCUCAGAACAGAAGAUUACUGAACAAGCACUAAAGUUGGACAAAACGAAGGUUCAGAGAUCGUUUGAAGUUGGACAGGACAUAGAAGAUGUAUGCACAGUGGCUACACUCACUCCACCAGCAGGAGUGCCCUCCACCGCACAACUGGCCAGGAAUAAACUACUCGCUCUCAGAGGAUCAGCCAGUCCAAAAAAUAUCAAUACUGAUAUCGAGAAGACAUUAUUGGUUCAUUUCGCACCCUCCGUUCAGUACGAGCCUGUGAAUACAAUCAAUCAUCAAAACUCUCCAGUUCAUGCUGUAUCAAAACCACCCAAAAAUGUCCUCAAGUUGAACAAAUUUACAAAUCCUGGACACAUGGAGCAUAUAAAGAAGAAGCAAGCUGCUCUACAGUAUCGUUUAUUCCGAAGAUUGUACUCUGACCUCGAGAGGGAACAAGCUAGACACAAACAACGGCAACUAACUCAAACGCAACAAAUAGAGGCACUAAGAAAAGACAAAGAAGCUACGAGACGACUGAUUGAAGAUGAAGCUAAUGCGUUUGAUUCGUUCUCCACUGUGAGUACUGAGGCUACUGAGGACAGGGAGAGGGCCAGGGAGUGGGCGGAGCUUGUGGUAGUGGAGGAGAGGAAGCAACAGCUGCAGAAAUCCAAAGAGAGUGAGCGUUUUGCAGAAGCUUUGAAGGCAAGAUUGAAGGAGAAGCUGAAGACGAAGGAAGUUGCUGCACUGCCACUGUGUUCCUGUGGCACCACUAUAUGGGACGCAGAUCCAUUCACGUGUGCUAACAACUGUCCCUUCUACAGAAACCCUGAAGCUCUGGAGAAGGCUCUUGCUGCUCAGUUACAAUCAUUGGAACUGUGAUGUACUAGCUAGCUAGCUAAGAACUGGUUUUCCUAUUAAUAAGUGUAUUCAUCAUCUUCAAACAUUACUUUUAUCUCUGUAAGAUAUGCAGCUGUUUUCUGAUUUUCAAUGAAACAUUUGAACAG